CCGCGCAUAAUGUAUUUCUAUGGCUCUUUCGCCAUCCGUGACUGGCAAAAAUUAUAAUCAUUGUUGUGACGAUCGUUACAAUUUCGAUGAGAAAAGAUCCGAAAGCUCGGCUUCUGUGCUUCAAAGAGCCAAUUCCAUUUCUCAUCAGUUUAGCAACAGUAGUAAUGUUCCGCAAUCUGGAGUGUUGAAUGUUUUCGAGCCUUCUGAAUCCUCUCAUAAAAUUAAAGUAUCAAAUAAUGAUGAUGAUGUUUCAAAUAGUUCUCAUUAUAUAUUUGAGAACAAUUUAGUGACUAAUGAAGAAUGUAUAUCUCAUCAAAUUCAUAAUAGCCAUGUGGUGGUGUCAAGUUCUGUAUCUGGCAAUCAUCAAGGGCAACCAAAUGGAAAAUACUUAACUAAUUCUGAGUAUGAUAACUGUGAUAGAAAUACCUACACAUCAUGGAGUCAUUCAGCAUUUGCCCAAAGACAGUCAUCUACAUUUUAUGAUCAAUCGAUAUCUGACAACUGCAAAAGUACUGAUAUGGCACUUCGAACAACUGUUCCUUAUGGUAUGACUGAGGGCUUUACGGCUCCUCGUAUUGGAAAUGAGGGAUGUGGGUUUGAUGACUUAGUAUCAAAAAUCAUUGAUGAUGAUAAUAUAAAUACAUCAUUACUACAAGAACAUGCUGAACUUUUGGGUUUGAAUUUAAAUGGCGGAAUGUUCACCACAUCUAAUAACAAUUUGGCUUCACCCCCAAAUAAUGUCUGGCCUCAAAAUAAGUGCAUUAACAGCAAAAGGAACAAUCACGAAUAUAUAAAUCAUUGUAAUACAGUGUGUAAUGACACCAUGGAUUACUCUGAUAAAGGCGGGCAAUCUCAACCAUUGGGUCCAAAUUUUUUCAGUUCAUCAUUUGAUCAUGAAAAUGGUGAUGCAUUAUCAUUGAAUUGUCAAAACAAAAUGUUUCAGAUUCCACAACAUGCCGGUGAAAUUUUCACUCCUACUGAUGGAAAUAAUUGUAAUUAUGAAGACUGGGAAGCAUUUAAUGCUUUACAAAAGUCAGACGGCCAGCUAAAUGAUCUCUUUAAUGAAUCGGAAUUUAGAUUCCCAGAUUUGGAUAGCAAUCCAGCUUGUGAGCCUAUAGAUCAACAGUGCUUUUGGACUCAAGAUUUUGGUAAACAAGUAUCAGAAGCAUUAAACAUGGCUACUAAUGCUGCUUCAUGGUCUCCUCUUCCUGCCCCAUUACCAUUUCCUCAGCAAACAUCUAGUCAAGCAAAUCCUUCUAUAUCUAGUCAAACACAGUAUACUGAGUUAUCAAGGAAACAGGAGAGAGAGAACUCUGUUAAUGGAGAUGCGCAAAUGAUAUUGUCGAAUGAAAGCCAAUAUGACAAAGAUGCUGGAAAUCAGAAUAAUAGGGGAUUUAGGCCAGUUUCUUCUUCAUCAAGUUCAAGUUCAGAGUCUCAAGGAGAUGUUAUGACAUCAACAUUAAGUCAAAACAUUUUAAACAUUGCAAAUAUAUCGGAAGGUCAUGAAUCAUUUCCUGCUUCCUCUCAUUGUAAUUCUGGAAUAAAUUCUUGUUCAGCCAUGAAAAGUUCUGUAUUGCAGAUAAAUCGUAAUGGUCAUUCUAAUCAAGUUUCUCAGGCUUAUCAAAAUUUUCCUCGAAAUCUCAGUUCACGCUAUCACAAUCUUCAAAAAACAAUUACAACAUCACAAACUGUUUCUGAUAACGAUUGUAUUUGUCCUCUGUAUGAUAAUGCUGCUAACUCUUACAGUUUUGAGGGCUCAUCCUCGGUUAGAAACGGACAUACAUUAAAUAAAUUACCAUGCCAAAGAUCACAUCAAACACAAACUAAUGCUAACCCAGGAUUUUGUUGUAUGAAACAACCAGAACUGUUAAAGCAUUACAUCCGUGGAAAUAAUUUUUCUUGUUUGGAAAAGAAUUCAGUUCUCUCAGAAUAUGAAAAAUCUGUACUGGGUACAAUUAAUUCAAACAGACUACCGAUAUCUCCUGAAGUUCUACAGCACUUAUCUGCUCGUACUAUUGCUGGGUUGUAUGCAUUUGGUUUAUAUCAUGAUAUGCUACAUGCAGAUUGCGAUGGUGGCUCAGUAUCUCUAUCUCCUGGAAUGAAGUAUCCAUCACACUUGUUUAAUUCUCCAAUUUCUGAUUCAGUUUUUGAAGUUUAUCAUCCAUAUGAAUUUGUUCAUAGAAGAGGAGCAUCUUCAGUUUAUGGAGCUAAUGAUGUAUUCUUUGACCCUGCAUCUUCAUCAUUUUUUUCUGUUCCUCCUACUUUCAUUGGAAUGCGUCCCUUGCGACGCAGUGGACCAUCUAAUGAAUUGCAUCUCCGUUUAGAAGAAUGUUAUGAACAAUUCAGGCAUCUUGAAAAGGAAAGGAAAAAGACGGAAGCCGAACUUGCUCGCCAAAACCCUGGUAAAAAAGUCUCCAGUACAAACACUAUACCAAUUCCUCGCUUAACAGCAAAUCCAUCUCGAGUUGAUCGUUUGAUUAUAGAUGAACUGCGAGAACAUGCUAAGGUAAUUACUCUAGUAGCCAAAAUGGAACAACUAAGGAAAAGCCCUGUUCACCCAAACAUUCAUGUUUCAAUGGAAAAGUGGUUAGAAGCCAUAAGAAAUGUCCAAGCACGCAGACGGGAUGAAAUAAUUAAUGUUGCAAAUCGUCAACGAACUUCUGCUAGUAGAAUUCAAGAGGAUAAAGAUGUCGUUGCAUUGGCGGCAAGUAUUAUGGAAUUAACAAAGGCAUCUCGGCAAGCUCGAACUUCUAUGUGGUGUGCUUUAAUAACUACAACACUAUAUGAUGUUGACCCAGAUAUUGCUUCUGCUCAUUCAUUACCUCCUGACUUUCAGGAGAUAGAAAAUAAUGGUGCUUCUGGUAAUACUGAUGAAACUCUUUCUAACUCAGCUGCUAGGGAUUCUACAGCAAAUUGCUCCAGCUACAAGGACGAUGAAAUAGCUGUCGAAGACAGAUGUGAAUCCUCAAUCUCAGUAAGUUCUGCAGCAGAAAACAAGACUAGCACUCAUAUAAAUAUUGUUGUUAGCAAGCUAUGCCAACCUUCAGUGGAAUUAGAGUGUGCGCCAAAUUCACAUGUUGAUAAUGUAGAGAGCUCUGCAUCUUAAUUUAUAUAGUGUUUUUCAAUGAGUGUCUGAAUUAUUCCUGUUAUAGAAUGAGAUGUAUGUUGUUUUAGCUUUUUGGAUACUCUAGAAUUUUGAUGUCAUUUACACCUGCUUUGCAAAAGAAAUUCGUAAUAGAGUGAGAACUAUGCAAUAUAUUUAAUAUUGCCUUUGACCCAAUGGUACCCCUUCCAUGUUUUAAAAAUAAAUCUUGAGUCUUAGUACACAUUUUGUGUGUAAAUGAUUCAAAUGUGAAGAUAGUGGCAGCUAUAUAGUAAUAGUUGUCAAUCCUCAAAGGUUAUGUCAUGAGAGAUUUUCACAUUGUAAUUAGAUUAGAUGAAUGAUUUUUGGAUUAUUCGUUUUGCUUAUUAAUAUGAUGUACAGUUUUGCCUUUAAGACAUGCUAUUCUUCCCAUGCUUCCUUUUGGUGUGAUAUUUUCAAGUGAAUCUUUG